CAUAAAGGCAAAGAGAGACCCACAAGUUAUCGUUGUGAUCACUGCAAGAAAGUCCUCACCACUUCAUCAGGUCUGAGAAAACAUAAGAUGAUUCACACUGGAGAUAAACCGUUCACUUGUGAUCAGUGUGGAGCAGCUUUUACCACAUCAAGUGAUCUAAGGACUCACCAACGUAUUCACACUGGAGAUAAACCAUUUAGGUGUGAUCAGUGUGGAGCAGCUUUUACCCAACAAGGUCAUCUAAGGACUCACCAACGUGUUCACACGGGAGAAAAACCAUUUAGGUGUGAUCAGUGUGGAGCAGCUUUUACCCAACAAGGUCAUCUAAGGACUCACCAACGUGUUCACACGGGAGAAAAACCGUUUAGGUGUGAUCAGUGUGGAGCAGCUUUUACUGAGUCAGGAAAGCUAAGGACUCACCAACGUAUUCACACUGGAGAUAAACCGUUCACUUGUGAUCAGUGUGGAGCAUCUUUUACCCAACAAGGUCAUCUAAGGACUCACCAACGUAUUCACACUGGCGAUAAACCGUUCACUUGUGAUCAGUGUGGAGAAGCUUUUCGCAGAGGAGAUAAUCUAAAGAUUCACCAACGUAUUCACACUGGAGAUAAACCGUUUAGGUGUGAUCAGUGUGGAGCAGCUUUUACUGAGUCAGGAAAGCUAAGGACUCACCAACGUAUUCACACUGGAGAAAAACCAUUCACUUGUGAUCAGUGUGGAGCAGCUUUUACCCAACAAGGUCAUCUAAUGACUCACCAACGUAUUCACACUGGAGAAAAACCAUUCACUUGUGAUCAGUGUGGAGCAGCUUUUACCACAUCAGGUCAUCUAAGGACUCACCAACGUAUUCACACUGGAGAUAAACCGUUCAGAUGUGAUCAGUGUGGAGCAGCUUUUACCACAUCAAGUGAUCUAAGGACUCACCAACGUGUUCACACUGGAGAUAAACCGUUCAGAUGUGAUCAGUGUGGAGCAGCUUUUACCACAUCAAGUCAUCUAAGGACUCACCAACGUAUUCACACUGGAGAUAAACCGUUUAGGUGUGAUCAGUGUGGAGCAGCUUUUACCACAUCAGGUAGUCUAAUGACUCACCAACGUAUUCACACUGGAGAUAAACCGUUCAGAUGUGAUCAGUGUGAGGCAGCUUUUACCACAUCAAGUCAGCUAAAGAAGCACCAACGUACUCACACGAGUGAUAAACUCUAA